UGGACACCUCUGGUUUAGUAUACUCUUUCUCUGUGGCAACUGCAAUUGCAAUGGCUUCAGAGUCUCAUGAUCAGCUUCACUUUGUUUUGAUACCACUAAUGUCUCCGGGCCACCUUCUACCAAUGGGAGACAUGGCUAAGGUGUUGGCACAGCAUGGUCUGGUGGUCACAAUUAUCACCACACCCCUCAAUGCCAUUCGAAUCAAACCGAUGAUUGAUCGCGCCAUUGAUUCCGGUCUCUCCCUUCAUCUAGUUCAGUUUAGUUUGCCACUUGCUGAGUGUGGCCUCCCAGAGGGAUGUGAAAACAUGGACGCAGUCCCUGCAAGAAACUUGUUUUGGAAUUUCUUGGAGGCAGGUAGCAGGCUGCAACAGCCAAUAGAAGAGUUGCUUGAAACUGUAGAACCCCAUCCGAGCUGCAUAAUUUCAGAUAGACACCUGCCUUGGACAGCUGAGAUUGCUCGAAAGUUUGGGAUACCAAGGUAUUUGUUUGAUGGAACUAGUUGCUUCACUCUAUUGUCUAACUAUAAUAUAGAAACAUCCAAGGUCCUAGAGAGUGUUUCAGGAUCAGAGCCAUUUCUAGUGCCUGGGUUGCCUGAUGAGAUUGAGAUUACUUUAGUCCAGUUACCGGGGCACAUGAAUCUGGCUUCAGAUGAUUUCAGAGAGUUUUACAAAAAGAUGAAGGAAUCUGAAGAGGGAGCAUGCGGGGUUGUUGUGAAUAGCUUUGAGGAUUUGGAACCAGAAUAUGUCAAAGAGUACAGAAAGGUUAGUAGAGUUUGGAGUAUUGGUCCAGUGUCGCUAUCCAACGACACUGAAUUGGACAAAGCUCAGAGAGGAAACAAGGCCUCAGUUGAUGAAAACCAGUGCUUAAAAUGGCUUGAUUCAUGGCCUGAGAGCUCGGUGGUAUAUGUGUGUCUCGGAAGCCUUAGCCGCGUAGCAACCCUUCAGUUGGUAGAGCUUGGUUUAGGCUUGGAAGCAUCAAAUCAGCCUUUCAUUUGGGUGGUCAGCAGAAAUAAAACUGAAGAAUGGGAAAAUUGGUUGUUGGAAGAUGGAUUUGAAGACAGGAUUAGAGGCAGGGGAUUGUUAAUCUAUGGUUGGGCUCCACAAAUACUAAUAUUGUCACAUCCUGCAGUUGGUGGAUUUCUAACACAUUGUGGUUGGAAUUCAACUUUGGAAGGUAUUUGUGCUGGAAUUCCAAUGAUCACAUGGCCUAUGUUUGCUGAGCAGUUCUACAAUGAGAAGUUGAUAGUGCAAGUCUUGAAGAUUGGUGAGAAAGUUGGGGCUAGUGUGGCAGUUCCGUUGGGGAAACAAGAGCGGUCUGUGGUGACCGUGAGGAGUGGUGAGCUUAAGGACGCCAUAGAAAAAGUCAUGGUCAAUGAACAAGGAGAAGAAAGAAGACAAAGAGCAAAGAGGCUUGCAAUGAUGGCCAAGAAAGCUACAGAGGAGGGAGGCUCUUCUUACUUUAAUAUUAGACUGUUAAUUGAAGAUGUAAUAUCAUAUAAACACCCCUAGCAGUACCAUUUGAGGCACGUACUCUCUGGCUUUAACUACCAAUACCAUCCUCUUGCCAGCUGACUCAUCCUGUUUUCAUGCCGGAACAGCAUUACAGAAUUUUUCGGGUUCAUCCUGUAAUAUCUAUUAUCUACUCACAGUCGUUGGCAAUUAUACACUGCUAUGAGAAGGCACUCUUAGUUCUCAAGAUACAUGUACUUUCACAAGAUAUACGCUUCAUUAGCUUCCCAAUAGUGUAAUUGUAUGUAGUUUUCUAACUAUGGUCAGCAGACUGAAAUUCAGAAAAGAAUGUAGAGGUGUUUACAAUAUAUUUGAAGCCAACUGUAAACAGCAUUAAUGUUUUGUGAAUCUGU